UGUUGGAGGGGAGGGGCCAGUAACUAGGAAGCGGCCUGUGCGAAUCAUUCCCUACUUCCGGCCUGUGCGAUCCACCUUACUUCCGGUCACUGUACUCCAUUCCACACAGAGGAAUCUUCGGUGUCCGUAGAGAUCAGGGUAAUACAGUAGUGAAGACGACCUUUGGUGAGUGUGAGACACCCAGCAGCCAUCCUCGUGUGUCAGGUUGACUAAGCAGGACCCACAGCCCCAUCACGGUGCCUCCACCUCACUCACUGAUACAUGAGAGACACAGUGACCAGAAGAUCCUGGAACUCACCAACAAGAUCAUUCAGCUGCUGACAGGAGAGGAGGGGGAGUAUAUAGAGGAACACAGGGGUCUGUACAAGGACGUGAUGAUGGAGAAUCACCGGCCGCUCACAUCACUGGAUGGGCCCAGUAACAGAGAUACCCCAGAGAGAUGUCCCCGUCCUCUGUAUUCCCAGGAUUGUACAGAGGAGAAUCACAGGAUCCCACAGGAGGAUCAGAUAGAACGUCUGUCUGAUAUAAAGGCAGAAGAUAUAGAGGAAGAAGAAGAGACGUAUGUGACUGAUAUAAAGGCAGAAGAUAUAGAGGGAGAAGAAGAGACGUAUGUGACUGAUAUGAAGGCAGAAGAUAUAGAGGAAGAAGCAGAGACGUAUGUGAGGGGUGAUCAGCAGUGUAAGGAGGAGGAGAUCCCUACAGAUAUCAGCACAGCAGAUGGACACACAAGCAGAAAUAUCUCAGAAGGACAUCUAAUGUUAUCCCCGGAUUGUGACAUAAAAGAUAAUGAUAGUAGACAGGAUUCUCCAGGAGAUAACCCCAUUACCCCAAUUAUACAUCCAGCUCUAUCAGCUGAUCCCGGGAAAUGUUGUCCUGAUCACUCUGAUAUUGGUGCAUCUGUCACAGCUCUGACAGUAGAUACAGUGUUUCCGUGUUCUAUAGAUGCCAAAUGUUUUACAAAGAACACAAAGCCUAAUAACCCACACACAGGUAAGGCAGGUGAGAGGCCACUGAUAUGUUCUGAGUGUGGGAAAUGUUUUACAUACAAAUCACAACUUGUUAAUCAUCACGGAAGUCACACAGGUGAGAAGCCAUUUCCAUGUUCUGAGUGUGGGAAAUGUUUUGCACUUAAAUCACAUCUUGUUAGACAUCAGAGAAGUCACACAGGUGAGAAGCCAUUUUCUUCUUCUGAGUGCGGGAAAUGUGUUACACAAAAAUCACAACUUGUUACCCAUCAGCAAAGUCACACAGGUGAGAAGGCAUUCCCAUGUUCUGAGUGUGGGAAAUGUUGUGUAAGUAAAUCACAUCUUGUUAUGCAUCACAGAAGUCACACAGGUGAGAAGCCAUUUCCAUGUUCUGAGUGUGGGAAAUGUUUUGUAAGUAAAUCACAACUUGUUACACAUCUGCGCAGUCACACAGGUGAGAAGCCUUUUCCAUGUUCUGAGUGUGGGAAAUGUUUUGUAAGUAAAUCACAACUUGUUACACAUCUGCGCAGUCACACAGGUGAGAAGCCUUUUCCAUGUUCUGAGUGUGGGAAAUGUUUUGUAUGGAAAUCAGAUCUUGUUAUGCAUCACAGAAGUCACACAGGUGAGAAGCCAUUUUCUUGCUCUGAGUGUGGGAAAUGUUUUACACAGAAAUCACAACUUGUUAGACAUCAGAGAAGUCACACAGGUGAGAAGGCAUUUCCAUGUUCUGAGUGUGGGAAAUGUUUUGCACACAAAUCAGUUCUUGUUACCCAUCAGCAAAGUCACACAGGUGAGAAGGCAUUUCCAUGUUCUGAGUGUGGGAAAUGUUUUACACAGAAAUCACAACUUGUUAGACAUCAGAGAAGUCACACAGGUGAGAAGGCAUUUCCAUGUUCUGAGUGUGGGAAAUGUUUUGCACACAAAUCAGUUCUUGUUAGACAUCAGCGAAGUCACACUGGUGAGAAGCCAUUUCCAUGUACUGAGUGUGGGAAAUGUUUUGUAAGUAAAUCACAACUUGUUACACAUCUGCGCAGUCACACAGGUGAAAAGCCUUUUCCAUGUUCUGAGUGUGGGAAAUGUUUUGCAUGUAAAUCAGAUCUUGUUAUACAUCACAGAAGUCACACAGGUGAGAAGCCAUUUUCUUGCUCUGAGUGUGGGAAAUAUUUUACACGGAAAUCACAACUUGUUACCCAUCAGCAAAGUCACACAGGUGAGAAGGCAUUUCCAUGUUCUGAGUGUGGGAAAUGUUUUGAACACAAAUCACAUCUUGUGAGACAUCAGAGAAGUCACACAGGUGAGAAGCCAUUUUCUUGCUCUGAGUGUGGGAAAUGUUUUGCACACAAAUCAGUUCUUGUUAUACAUCAGAGAAGUCACACAGGUGAGAAGCCAUUUUCUUGCUCUGAGUGUGGGAAAUGUUUUACACGGAAAUCACAACUUGUUACCCAUCAGCAAAGUCACACAGGUGAGAAGGCAUUUCCAUGUUCUGAGUGUGGGAAAUGUUUUGAACACAAAUCACAUCUUGUGAGACAUCAGAGAAGUCACACAGGUGAGAAGCCAUUUUCUUGCUCUGAGUGUGGGAAAUGUUUUGCACACAAAUCAGUUCUUGUUAUACAUCAGAGAAGUCACACAGGUGAGAAGCCAUUUUCUUGCUCUGAGUGUGGGAAAUGUUUUACAUACAAAUCACAACUUGUUUCCCAUCAGCAAAGUCACACAGGUGAGAAAGCAUUUCCAUGUUCUGAGUGUGGGAAAUCUUUUGCACACAAAUCAGUUCUUAUUAGACAUCAGCGAAGUCACACAGGUGAGAAGUCCUUUCUAUACUCUGAGACAUAAAUCAUCAGAAUCAGCUUUAUUGGCCAGGUUUACUCGCCUACACUAGGAAUUGUUUGUGGUACAAUGCAUCGCCAAGCAGCAACAUGAAAGGGAAAUACAUGGCAUAAGAAGGGGGAAAAACAUAGCAUACAUUACACAUAUGAGUUCAUACUGCACAUUGCAACUGUACAAUAGACUCAACAUAUUAUACAUGUAAGACUAAAGACGAAGGCUGCUUGGCAGAGCAGCACUGAGGCGCCAACUAGAACUCAAACAAUGCACAUAAUACAGAAGAUUUAAGUAUUACACAUCAAAAGAUAAACCAGACAGACAAAAAAAAAAGACACAGAAAGAAUAAUGCAGCAUUGGUGUAGGUAUUUUGAGUAAUAACUUCCAUGGGCUGUGUAUUCCACCCUCACAGGGUACCAGGUGCGGCAGCCAUCUUCGGCGCACUGCGUAGGAGUACCCUGGGUGGAGUAGUCCAUCCUUGAGGGGUAGGCCUGUAAGGUACUACUGAUGUUCUCUGCCAGAGGGUUAGUGGGCAUAGUCCUGGUGAUUUCAUUUUCGAGGUUUGAUGAGUCCUCAUAAUGGUCUGGAUUUCUUUCUUGAUGUUGUUGCUUAGAGAUAGGAAUGCUUUGAGCAUUUUAACGCACAGCUGUGCAUGGCUGAAGCUAUAGAUAUAUAUACACACAAUAGACAUCACUCAGAUUGUACACAAUAGACAUCACUCAGGUGAGGAACCAUUUUAAUCUUCUGGAAUAUACUCAUCAUUGCCAUGCGUUGUUCUUCAUGGUUCUUAUCCUAUCUCCUAUGCUUUUUGUAAUAUACAUGUUACCACUGGGUGAAAUAAUCAGAUGUCAUACCAUCGUCUACCACUGCUAUGCAGAUGACCUGUCUUUGCUCUAGGUACUGAGAACCCAGUACCAAUCCUAAAUGGUUGUCUAGCUGAGCUCCAGGUGUGGGUGAUGCCAGUUAGCUGUGAUUCAGUCCUGGUGAAACAGGUCUUUAAGCUCACCAACAAAGAGCAGGGCUGCAGCUCCGCUUUACCUACCAACCAGACUUUGUUAGGAAUGUCUGUUUGUUUUGCUUUGAAUUCUCAUUCCUGCCUCUAGAGGUCUCACUUGCUGCCUCAGGUCCGAAUGGCAGUUGCACACUGUCUCUGCAGGAUAAUUACCUGAUUGUGAGCACCUGGGGUCCAACACCUGGUGCUGCUAUUUAACUCCAGCUCACCAGCAUCUAGGUGCAGAUCAUUGUGGUUCCGUCUGGAGUGCGACUGGGCUCUCUCCUGUAUUCCUGUCCUGAUUCUGCCUUAUCUACAUCUUGGAGACAUUCCCUGCAGUUUGCUGGUUCGUGUGCCUUGCUUCAAGACUUUUAACCCUGCCGGUUCAGCAUCUGCAUUCCUGGACUAUUAUUUGCAGUCUGUUUCCACCCCUGACUGAUUACUACGUUUUUGGUAUGUUAUUUUUCCCCUGCUUGAUUUAAACCCAGAUACCUUCAUGUUUAUUUCUCAUCUGUGUUUAACCUGGAUUAUACCAAUAUUCAAGCAUAACCUUCCUCCUUGUUUAUAUUACCAGCCAUUACUAUUAUUUGGAAAUAUCAUGUUCGGUUUCAUGUAAUCAAGGAUCCAGUUUAUAUUUAUUUUUGCUACCAUUUUUUCCACAAUAAACCUUACUUAAUUCUCACCUGGCUUCAGCUGACCUCAUUUCAAGUAUGCACACACAGAGAACCCUAGUAAUCGUUACAGAAUGAUCUGCCCAAAUCAAUGUGUGCAGGAGUUUUGAGGUACAGCUGAAUCUCAUAAGAUGGCUUUACUUCAGAGAAAUUCCCUGCCUCUCGAGUUUAUGCCGUUUGUGAGUUCUACAUUGCUGGUGGAUUUCAGAGAGAAACUGGAGAAUAUUCAAACCCUGUCCUCAGUGAUACUGGGGUAUAUGCAAUAGCGGGCGAAUCGCGUCAUUUUUUCCGCCCGUUUAAAAUUCGCCUGCACUCGCCAGCCGCAGCCCUGCCGCCGGGACCAUGAAUUCACCAUAUGCAAUGUAAAACGGAUUCGACCCACCCCCAGGCGGAUAACGGCCAAUCGGCGAGUAGUGGGCGUCCCGAAUUCGACUUCCCGCCGGAAGCAGCCCUUUAUUAGGGCUUGUUUGCUGCGUGCUCUGCAGCCAUUUUGUGAACCUGCAGAGAGGUGUGAGGAGGUGCAGAGCUAGCAAUUUGGUUGUUUGCUGUGGAUAUCGUUUGGACACCCCAGCAGGCUUUAUUCCAGGACAGUCAGGAGGAUACAUGUACCCCGGAGGAGAGCCAUUUUAGGAGCUUUUACAACAUUUGUAGGUAAGUACCACAUGUGGGUCUGGUGUUGCAUGUAUGUGUUUGUGUAGUGGGGGUUGCCAUGAGGUGUACAUGGGGUGUUUGUGUAUGUGUGCAGGUAUGUGUAUAGCUCCUGCUUGUGUUGCUGCAUUUUUUGGGGGAGACUUGUGUUUUGGGGUAGUUUUUCACGUUUUUUUUCUUCUUCUUUAAAUGACUUUUUGGGUCUUCUUUUAGCAUUGGUGUACCUCCUGAGUGUGCUGGGAUGCUUUCUGGCCAUUUUGGGGUGAUUUGGAGCAAGUUUGGUCGGCCAUCUGGCCGACAUGUGCUGUCGGCUGUUUGGCAAACAUGUGUUUUCCCUCCAGCCAUUUUGUGUGUGUCAGCCAUUUUGUGUGUCAGCCAUUUUGUGUGUGUCAGCCAUUUUGUGUGUGUGUGUCAGCCACUGGGGUCCCAGCAGCAUGACGUGAUUGCAUUUAAUUAUGUAAUGUGUGUGUGUGUGUGUGUGUAUGUAUAUAUAUAUAUAUAUAUGUGUGUGUGUGUGUGUGUGUGCAUAUAUAUAUAUAUAUAUAUAU